UGACCUGUGACGUCAGGUGGCGGAGCAAGGAUGUUGCAUAGAGCUAUAGGAACGGUGACGCCCAGACCGCUUACUGACACUUCCGCCACACUAGGGUGGCGAUUGGUAACGCCCCCAUGAUACGUUUCGGGGCACAGGGCGGGGUCUGCUAUUGGCUGGGGCGGGGCUUGGAAUGGACUUACACUUGCACUGCACAUACAUUCCAUGGGAUAAACCUGAAGGUGACCCGCAGACAUGAACAGGAGCAGCGUGUAGGUUGUGUAUAUCCCUGCAUCGUCUGCCACUGUUGGAUAACUGCGGCACGCAGUCAUGGGCUCUCUGUCUGCCCUGCGGAUGAUGCUGAAGGCGCUGGGAGAAGGUCCCGGAUUUGAUCGAGUUUUGAACAAGUUACAACUUGUAUCUGCAACUCCCGGGAAGAUCAUUUGUGAACUGAAAGUGGAUGAAGAGCACACAAACCGUGGCGGUACAUUACACGGAGGCCUUACUGCUACUUUGGUUGAUAUGGUGUCCACAGUUGCUCUGUUGAAUACAGAGAGAGGCGCUCCUGGAGUGAGCGUGGACAUGAAUAUUACGUACAUGAAUGCUGCUAAAAUAGGGGAAUCAGUACUCAUUACUGCUCAGGUUUUGAAGCAAGGAAGAACUUUGGCUUUUGCUACAGUAGAUUUGGUUAAUAAGGAGACAGGGAAACUUAUAGCACAAGGAAGACACACAAAACAUCUUGGAAAUUAGAUGCUUCAUAAAGCUGCAAUGUUCUGUUCAACAGGAGGAUGUUUUUCACCAUUAACAACCUACUGAGACUGUGUUUCAUUUGACCUCUUACUUGGAUUGUAUUCCUGUUUUCUUUUUUGACUCCCUAGUCUGAAAUGCGUAUUGUUCAAAAUGUGUUGCUUAUUAAAACAUGUAAACAAGUA